AUGAAACUUGUCAGUGAUGAAUGUGCAAAUAUUCUUUGCUGUAAUGUCAAAUCCUUACGAGAUCUUCUUAAUCAUCCUGAAAACCGACUCAUUAUUUUAAAGACUUUAUGUGGUCGCAAAGUUCGAACAACAUAUGAAGAUAGAAACGGAGAAAAAAAAUCAUUUUUAAUUGGAGGUAUUACAAAAAAGGGAGCCAAUUUUGUGCCAGCUUAUGGAAGACUUUCAAAACCUUUUAAUAUUUCUGUCACAGCACAUUUUUAUGCAAGACAUCGAAUUCGACUCAUAAAUCCUUAUCAUCAUUGUAUUAUAGAGAAAUUUACGAAUAAAAAGAAAAGUUUUAAAGAAAACCGUUAUUAUCCAAUGGAGUUACUUGAAUUAAUUAAUGAAGAUGAAACAAUUACAGACUUUUGUGGAAAUUCGAAAAAAUCUCAAGGUUCAGAAAGUCCUCUGGUUAUAAUGGAAGAUGAUGACUCAGAUGAACAAACAUAUCCUCAAUUAUCACAACCAAAAUUCACUUAUGAUAGUUAUGAAUGGUGA